UUCAUCAAACGGCUAUUACCGAUGAGGAGAUAGAACCUCCCUUGCUCUGUUGCCGACGCCCACUUGUGUAUCUUGCGAGCUUGUCAUGCGCCGAAAGGCAUCUUAUGCCAACCGAUCUCAGCGGCGCGAAUGGAAGCCAGAGAAAGCAACAAACUGCGGUAGUUACAGUACAGCUCAUGGAGCAUGGAAGCGCCACAUUGUUGCUGCUGCUCGUGCUCGCCGUGUCGUCAUGGCAGGUCGGCGGCGGCAGGCCGCGGGUGCCGGCCAUCCUGGUGUUCGGCGACUCCAUCGUCGACACGGGAAACAACAACGCCGUCCUCACGCUCACCAAGUCUGACUUCAGGCCCUACGGGAAGGACCUCAACGGCGGCGUCCCCACCGGCCGCUUCUCCAACGGCCGGAUUCCCCCGGACUUCUUAGCUUCACGGCUCGGCUUGAAAGACCUGGUUCCGGCGUACCUUGGCACUGACCUCACCGACGACGACCUCCUCACCGGCGUCAGCUUCGCUUCAGGGGGCACCGGGUACGACCCCCUCACUUCCACUCUCGUGGCUGUCCUGCCGAUGCAGGAGGAGCUCAACAUGUUUGCCGAGUACAAGGAGAAGCUCGCAGGGGUCGUCGGAGAUGAGGCCGCCGCAAGGAUCAUAGCCGAGAGCCUGUUCCUUGUCUGCGCCGGGACCGACGACAUUGCCAAUAACUACUACCUCGCUCCUGUCAGACAACUGCAGUACGACAUCUCGGCUUACGUAGACUUCCUAGUCCAACAGGCUUCCGAUUUCAUGAAGCAAUUGUACCAGCAAGGGGCCAGGAGGAUUGCAAUCCUGGGGCUGCCGCCGAUCGGAUGCGUGCCGUCGCAGCGAACCGUCGCAGGUGGCCUCGCCAGGAGCUGCGACCCGGCUCGCAACCGCGCGGCGCAGCAGUUCAACUCCAAGCUGAAGGAGGAGAUCAGGCGGCUUCAGAAGGAGCUGCAGUGCCAGAGAAUAGGCUACGUCGACAUCUACGACGUCUUGCAGGACAUGAUCACCGACCCCUGCAAAUACGGGUUUGACGUUUCCUCGAGAGGAUGCUGCGGCACCGGAGAUUUCGAGGUGUCCCUUCUGUGCAACCAGGUGACGGCGACGACAUGCCCGGAUGACCGGAAAUAUGUCUUUUGGGACAGCUUCCAUCCUACUGAGAGAGCUUAUGAAAUUAUGGUGGACUAUCUGUACCCAAGAUACGUAGAGAAGCUACUGUGACUAUGAAGGUUUCUGCUUAUGAUGGCAUCUCUUGCUGAUUUCUUGUCCCAGUUCGUUAAUUGCAUUGGCUCUGAAAUUUCGUUUCAACUACUGCUAUCUCUUCAGCUGUUAUGUCUGUAUGAUUAUGAAGUGUCAAAAGAGAAAAAGAAAUUUGUUUGUGUCAGUAAAAGUACGUUACAAACUGUA